AUGGGGGAUGUGAAACUGGUCACAUCUACUCGAGUCUCCAAAGCCUCCCUGACACUCAGCCCACCUGUGCCUGCUGAAGCACCAGCAUUUACUCUUCCUCCUCGGAAUAUCCGAGUGCAGCUGGGAGCCACUGCAAGAUUUGAGGGAAAGGUCAGAGGCUACCCCGAGCCACAGAUCACAUGGUUCAGGAACGGGCAUCCUGUCCCAGAGGGAGACCAUUACAUUGUGGACUGCAGCAUUCGGGGGAUUUUCAGCUUGGUAAUCAGAGGUGUACAGGAGGGUGAUGGUGGCAAAUACACCUGUGAGGCUGCAAACGAUGCUGGGGUUCGUCAAGUGACUGUGGAGCUGACAGUGGAAGGAAACUCCACGAAGAAAUACAGCCUACCAUCCAAUGCCAAAACCCCUGGGGGGAGACUUACUGUUCCAUCUGUGGACCACAGGCCAAGCAUCUGGGGAGAGAGUCCACCCAAGUUUGCUACAAAACCCAAUAGAGUUGUGGUGCGUGAAGGUCAGACAGGCAAAUUCUCCUGUAAAAUAACAGGACGACCUCAGCCUCAAGUAACUUGGUUUAAGGGUGAUACUCAGUUGCAACAAAACGAGCGUUUCAACAUGUUUGAGAAAACAGGCAUCCAGUUCUUGGAAAUCCAGAGCGCUCAGCUUGCUGACUCGGGAGUUUACACGUGCACAGUGGUAAACAGCGCUGGGAAGGCAUCUGUGUCUGCAGAGCUCACCGUUCAAGGCCCAGAUAAGAUUGACACAUGCACCCAGCCACCUUGCAUGCCAUCAAAUCCAACAACACUUGCUGUUAAAGAUGUGGCAAAUUCAGAAUUCAAACAGGCAACGAGCAAUGGGAUUGAUAAAGAACUGAAAUCCAGCAGCACUGAACUCACAGUUGAAGCCAAAGACAGUGUGUCAGCAAGGAAAGAGAACUUUUACAUUGCCAGAGAAACCAAAGAGAGUAAGCAGGAUCAGCAACAAGAAGCCACUGUAAUGUCUCCUCAAGAACCUAAAGAAGGGAAAAAAGGAUCUCAGAUCUUGCAGAAAUCUUCAAGCACCAUCACACUACAAGCUAUCAAACUGCAACCAGAAUCAAAGGCAGAGCCCCAGGCCACCUUCAUCAGACAAAAUGAAGACAGGAAAAGGGCUGUGUACCCCCUGCUGUCAGCUCAGACAAACCCAUCUCUGACAGCGCAAAUCAGUCCAAGGAGUAGAGAAGCAGAAAACAGAUCUGGAGCCUUGAAGGUCGUAACCAAGGAAAAAAGGGAACCUCUGGGAAUUCCUCCUCAGUUUGAGAGCCGUCCACAAAGCCUGGAAGCAUCAGAGGGCCAGGAGAUUAAAUUCAAAAGCAAAGUUUCAGGGAAACCAAAACCAGAUGUGGAGUGGUUCAAAGAGGGUGAACAUAUUAAAGUUGGAGAGGAUGUCCAAAUACAUGAAGAAGAUGGAACUCAUUGCCUGUGGUUAAAGAAGGUCUGCUUGGGGGACAGUGGAUCUUACAGCUGUACUGCUUUUAACCCCAGAGGCCAGACCUCCACCAGCUGGUUGUUAACUGUCAGAAGUCCUAAAGUUCAAGAGGUUGCUCCAUGCUUUUCCAGCGUCUUGAAAGGAUGCACUGUGAGUGAAGGGCAAGACUUCGUGCUGCAGUGCUGUGUAGGAGGCGUACCUGUGCCUCAGAUCACAUGGCUUCUCAACGACCAGCCAAUUCAAUAUGCCCAUUCCACUUUUGAAGAUGGAGUUGCAAAACUGACAGUCCAAGAUGCCCUACCAGAAGAUGAUGGUAUUUAUACCUGUCUGGCUGAAAAUGCCACAGGACAGGCAUCUUGCAGUGCUCAGGUCACAGUUAAAGAAAAGAAGAGCAGCAAGAAGGCAGAAAAUUCACAGGCUGGAAACAAAAAUUUUGCACCCAUCUUCCUUAAAGGCCUAACUGACCUCAAAGUAAUGGAUGGAAGUCAAGUGAUAAUGACUGUGGAGGUAUCAGCUAACCCCCCUCCUGAAAUCAUCUGGCUGCAUAAUGGGAAAGAAAUACAGGAGACAGAAGACUUCCACUUUGAGAAGAAAGGCAAUGAGUACAGUCUGUACAUCCAGGAAGUAUUUCCUGAAGAUACAGGCAAAUACACCUGUGAAGCCUGGAAUGAAUUAGGAGAAACUCAAACCCAAGCUACAUUGACAGUACAAGAACCUCAGGAUGGUAUUCAGCCCUGGUUCAUCAGCAAACCAAGAUCAGUGACAGCAGCUCCUGGGCAAAAUGUGCUUAUAUCUUGUGCCAUUGCUGGAGAUCCUUUCCCCACUGUUCACUGGUUUAAAGAUGGGCAAGAAAUAAUGCCAGGAACAGCAUGUGAAAUCCUGCAAAAUGAAGACAUCUUCACACUGGUCUUGAGGAAUGUGCAGUCUCGUCAUGCAGGGCAAUACGAAAUUCAGCUCAGGAACCAAGUUGGAGAAUGCAGCUGCCAGGUGUCUCUGAUGCUGCGGGAGAGUUCAGCUUCCAGAGCAGAAAUGUUCAGAGAUGGGAGGGAAUCAGCCAGCUCUGGAGAGCAGAGAGAUGGUGGAGAUCAUGGUAAAUUAACAUUUGGUAGAACAAGUGGCUUCAAAAAGAACAGCAGUGAAACCAGAGCAGCUGAGGAAGAGCAGGAAGACGUUCGAGGUGUGUUGAAGAGGAGAGUUGAAACUCGGGAACACACAGAGGAGAGCCUGAGGCAGCAGGAAGCUCAGCAACUUGAUUUCCGUGACAUUUUAGGCAAGAAAGUCAGCACCAAAAGUUUUUCUGAGGAGGAACUGAAAGAAAUCCCAGCCGAGCAAAUGGACUUCCGAGCAAACCUGCAGCGGCAGGUCAAGCCAAAGACCUUGUCAGAGGAGGAAAGGAAAGUUCAUGCUCCUCAGCAGGUGGACUUCCGCUCUGUGCUAGCCAAGAAAGGCACCCCAAAAUCCCCAUUGCCGGAGAAGGUGCCACCUCCUAAACCAGCCGUUACAGAUUUCAGGUCUGUGCUGGGCUCAAAGAAAAAGCCACCUGCAGAGAAUGGCAGCGCUAGUACCCCAGCACCAAAUGCCCGCACCAAUUCUGAAACCCAGAAUGCAACCCCCAAUUCUCAAGCCCCCGUUGCCAAACCAGCAGUGAAAAAAGAAGAGAAGAAUGACAGAAACUGUGAACAUGGGUGUGCAGUGGUGGAUGGCGGGAUAACUGGGAAAAAGCCUGAGAACAAAGCUCCAGCAAGCAAGCCCCCAGCAAGCAAAGGAACAGCACCUUCCUUUACUCAGAAGCUUCAGGAUGCUCAAGUGGUAGACGGUGAAAAAUUGGUCUUACAAUGUCGGAUUUCCUCUGAUCCCCCUGCGGCUGUCACCUGGACUGUAGACAGCAAACCCAUCAAAUCAUCAAAGUCCAUUGUCAUCUCCCAAGAAGGGACACUAUGUUCACUUACCAUUGAGAAAGCCAUGCCUGAAGAUGGGGGCGAAUACAAAUGCCUGGCUGAGAAUGCAGCAGGAAAAGCUGAAUGUGCUUGCAAAGUGCUGGUAGAAGAUGCCUCAAAGACCUCAAAGCCUGCUGAGAAGAAGACCAAGAAGCCUAAGACCACACUUCCUCCUGUGCUGCCAACAGAGAGUGAAGCAACAGUUAAGAAGAAACCAGCUCCAAAGACUCCUCCAAAAGCAGCUACUCCACCUCAGAUUACUCAGUUCCCAGAAGACAGAAAAGUCCGUGCAGGUGAAUCAGUGGAGCUGUUCGCCAAAGUGGUAGGAACUGCACCCAUAACUUGCACCUGGAUGAAAUUUCGUAAGCAGAUUGAAGAAAAUGAAUAUAUUAAAAUUGAGAAUGCUGAAAACAGCAGCAAGUUAACAAUAUCAUCAACAAAGCAGGAACACUGUGGAUGUUACACCCUAGUCGUAGAGAACAAACUCGGCAGCAGACAAGCACAAGUCAACCUUACAGUUGUUGAUAAACCAGACCCACCUGCUGGAACACCUUGUGCAUCAGACAUACGGAGUUCCUCCCUCACUCUCUCAUGGUAUGGCUCCUCUUAUGAUGGUGGAAGUGCAGUGCAGUCAUACACUGUAGAGAUCUGGAACUCGGUGGACAACAAAUGGACAGAUCUGACCACCUGCCGCAGCACCUCUUUCAACGUGCAGGAUCUGCAGGCUGACCGCGAGUACAAAUUCCGCGUGCGAGCUGCUAAUGUGUAUGGCAUCAGCGAGCCCAGUCAAGAAUCUGAUCUGGUGAAAGUUGGAGAGAAACAAGAAGAACCUAAAGAGGACGAAGCGGAGCUAUCUGAUGACGAAGGGAAAGAAACUGAGGUCGAGUAUCGGACGGUGACUAUCAACACUGAACAAAAAGUUUCUGACGUCUAUAAUAUUGAAGAAAGACUGGGAUCGGGCAAAUUUGGACAAGUCUUUAGGCUUGUUGAAAAGAAGACUGGAAAAGUUUGGGCAGGAAAAUUUUUCAAAGCAUAUUCUGCUAAGGAAAAAGAAAACAUAAGGGAUGAAAUCAGCAUCAUGAACUGUCUACAUCACCCAAAACUCGUCCAGUGUGUAGAUGCCUUUGAAGAAAAAGCCAACAUCGUUAUGGUCUUGGAAAUGGUUUCUGGAGGAGAACUCUUCGAACGAAUCAUAGAUGAAGACUUUGAACUGACAGAGAGAGAGUGCAUUAAAUAUAUGAAGCAGAUUUCAGAAGGAGUUCAGUACAUCCAUAAGCAGGGUAUUGUCCACUUGGAUUUGAAGCCAGAAAAUAUUAUGUGUGUCAACAAAACCGGUACAAGUAUCAAACUCAUUGACUUUGGACUUGCAAGAAGAUUAGAAAAUGCAGGUUCUCUGAAAGUUCUCUUUGGGACACCCGAGUUUGUGGCUCCAGAAGUUAUAAACUAUGAACCUAUUGGAUAUGAAACAGAUAUGUGGAGCAUAGGAGUUAUCUGCUACAUCUUGGUCAGUGGACUUUCUCCUUUCAUGGGAGACAAUGACAACGAAACCUUGGCCAAUGUUACUUCAGCAACGUGGGACUUCGAUGAUGAGGCUUUUGAUGAAAUCUCUGAUGAUGCCAAGGAUUUCAUCAGCAAUCUGCUAAAGAAAGAUAUGAAGAGUCGCUUUAAUUGUACUCAAUGUCUUCAGCAUCCUUGGCUGCAAAAAGACACCAAAAACAUGGAAGCCAAAAAACUUUCCAAAGACAGGAUGAAGAAAUACAUGGCCAGAAGAAAAUGGCAGAAAACGGGCCAUGCUGUCCGAGCAAUAGGAAGAUUGUCAUCCAUGGCAAUGAUUUCUGGUAUGAGUGGGAGGAAGGCCUCUGGGAGCUCGCCGACCAGCCCUAUAAAUGCAGACAAAGUAGAGAACGAAGAUGCUUUCCUUGAAGAAGUGACUGAAGAAAGGCCCCAUGUAAAGCCAUACUUUACUAAAAAAAUCCUUGAUAUCGAGGUCGUGGAAGGAAGUGCUGCUAGAUUUGACUGCAAAAUUGAAGGUUAUCCUGACCCUGAGGUGAUGUGGUACAAAGAUGAUCAGCCUGUGAAGGAGUCUCGUCACUUCCAGAUAGAUUAUGAUGAAGAAGGGAACUGUUCUUUGACUAUUUCUGAAGUAUGUGGGGACGAUGAUGCCAAAUACACCUGCAAAGCUGUUAACAGCCUUGGGGAAGCCACAUGCACCGCAGAACUCCUUGUGGAAACAAUGGGAAAAGAAGGAGAAGAGGAAGAUGAGGAGGAGGAAGAAUGAAAGGCUCAACAUUUAAAAAAAUGAAAAAAAUAUUUAAAGACUCUCCUUAUAAGGCUCAGAAAAUCAAGUUAUCAAAAGCACCUUGUGUGAUACGUAGGUCUUUGAGGGGUCGUUUUUUCAGCAUGAUCAGUUGAUACCUGUUUGCUUUAUGUAUGGGCAUUAAUGCAAAUCAGCAGGCGAUUUUAAGUUGCUAGCAGGAUUGGAUUUACUUUAAGCAAGUCAUCAACUAAGUUGCCCAGUCUCUUAAAAAAAUCAAAUGUAUGGAAAACAAGUCUGCAGUUCUAAUAGAAAAAGCCUAUUUACUGAGCUCCCUGCUCUAUACUACUGCUUUCCUCAGCCUGCAUCUAAACUGGUUCCCCAGGUUCUACUUGCCAAGGAAUUUGCCAGACAAGCAGUGAAUCUCUGCAGACCUAAGGAACGGGCUGCUCCCUGAGCAGUAUCUUCUAUAAGGGAAGGUCUGACAGAGCCAGCACUGCAAUGUGUACGUUAGUGCGGUUUAGGUUUCCAUUUGAUUUAAACAGAAUUUCAGUCCUAACUUCAAACACGUUUCCUGUCCUUUCUCAGUGUGCUGUUAGUGCCGUUGCAGUACUGGCUACAGUCAAACAUAUAGGUGGCUUCCCCAGAGACCUCUGGAAUACUUUAACCAGAUGAUUACAACUUGUCACCUUCCCUUAUAGAACUUGUCACUUCAGUGCAGUUACAGCUGCCUGCUUAAGAAAUAGACUGAAAACACAACGAUGGAGAAUUUGUUUCUCUUGUUCUGAUCAGUCUAAAGAUGAAUUAUGAUUUGUCUAUAUGCUGCUGCUGUGAAAAAAAAACAGGUUAUUGCACAAUCAAUGAAUCCUAUGUGCAUGUGUGAAUUUAAUCCCAGGUUAGUUACGGUUUUACUUGCAUUCAUUUGGUGAUUGCAAAACAGAUUUCAACUGAUGAUAAGCUGGAAACUCCCACAGAUUUUUGGAGUAGCCAAAAAGCUAGUAGCCUGGAUUACAAACUCCUUCAUACUUAGCAGUUUCCAAAGAAUCUUAACCUAUAUAUGACCUAUUUCUACCUUAUGAGCUUGACUCUUGUUUUUGUCUUGAACCUGCACCAGUAAGGCUGUUGUGUUUUUGGGGUGGUUUUUUUGUUUUGUUUUGUUUCUUUUUUUUUUUUUUAAUGCAGAAAACCUAUUCAAAACCCAGGGUUUUUUUCCUCAGAAGUUGUUAAUGCACUCAGUAACUUUGCUUUCCUUUCACAGUAUUGACACUUUUUAAUUUUUAAUUGUUUUGGUUGUUGUUCAGAGGUAAUAUCAGAAGCUGCGAGGUGAGACGUGUAAUCCAAAACCAGCGUGUCUUACAUCUAUGUAUCAUUCCAAAAGUGAUUCUUUUUUCCUUUCCACUUUUUGUGUGUUAAGUGCAACCAUUUGCAUUUCAAAGGUUACCUCUUCUUCAAAAACCAUUACCUUAAAUCCUCACCGUUAAGUAGUCAGUACAGGUGUGUACAAUACCGACCUUAGGUUGUUUGAUAUUACCUAGUUGUGUUUGUAUUUCAUAUGAUUUGCUGCUUCUACAUUCAAAGCUCAACUAACGUGGAUGACACAACGGUUUUAAACUGCUUUACUCUUCGUUGCUAAGUUCAGAUUGCCAGCAUGUCUUUUCCUUUUCAAUUGAUAAAAGCCUCUUGUUAUACUAAACACAGUAUUGCCACAAUUCCUUAUACAGAAAGGGUUUGAAUCUGAUUUAGAGCAUACAGAGCUUUUCUCACGUUUUAAAAGAUGUUUUAGGCAACAACGGGGUGUAUUUUGUACCUUAAUAAAAGUAUGCUAAUGUUCUCCCAGUUUGUUCAACCAUCAGAACUGCAAAGACGAGAACGCUACGGCUGUAGUUACUCACAGUUCCUAAAUAAAUAAUACCACAAAGCA